ACCGAGUGCCGUGUGCGACCCACCGAACAGCACGAAACUGUGUGAGUCUGUGGAGUGAGCCUGUGUGGAGUGAGCCUGUGGAGUGAACCUGUGUGGAGUGAGCCUGUGUGGAGUGAGCCUGUGUGGAGUGAGCCUGUGUGGAGUGAGUCUGUGGAGUGAGUCUGUGUUGGAGUGAGUCUGUGUUGGAGCAUACUCGUGUCGAAGCACCGGUGUCCGGUAAAGCCUGUCGCCGCUUGGAGGAGUCGGUCUGAGGGACAGACCGCCGCGAUGAACCGCACACCUGCCUCACUGGAGCACUACAAAGCCGCCAUGCUGCUGAGUGGCGCCGGGGAUGCUCUGGGAUACAGGAACCAGCUCUGGGAGUACAACGAGUCUGGACCAGCCAUCCACCAGAAGUUGCAGGAGCUUGGUGGGUUGAAGAACAUCAAGGCUGAGCUCCCAGACUGGCCUGUGAGCGAUGACACUGUUCUACAUCUGGCCACCGCUGAAGGUUUAGCAACUGGUAAAGUAGGAGAAGAGCUGCUGCACGAUGUGGCCGCUCGGUAUGUGGAGGGCAUGAAGGACAUGGACGGAAGGAAACCAGGACCUUCAAGCAUCCUUGGGGUAUCUCAGUUAAAGCCGGGGGAGGAAGGGGGCUACCGUGUGGCCUAUAACCCUGAUGGGACAGGCUGUGGAGCUGCUAUGAGAUCUAUGUGUAUUGGCUUACGGUAUCCCAAACCCGACCAGCUGUUAUCAUUGGUGGCGGUUGCCGUAGAGACAGGCAGAAUGACCCAUCCUCACCCCACAGGCUUCCUGGGCGCUGUUGCUGCUGCCCUGUUCACAGCAUACGCCGUCCAGAGACGACCAAUCACGACUUGGGGUCUAGGCCUGAUCAAUGAAGCCUGUCCAAUCGCAAAGAGCUUUGUUCUGGGCCGGGAGUUUGCUGUGGAAGAGACAGUGAAAGACUGGGACUACUUUAGUGAGAAGUGGCAGUGGUACCUAGAUCUGCGUGGACUGUCGAAUGGGGUGGGACCUGUAAUUUGGCCUGAUUCGUAUGGUCCUGCUGAGAGAGAUGAAGCCUACAAGAGCUUUAGUUUGAAAGGAUGGGCAGGACGCAGUGGUCACGAUGCGCCAAUGAUCGCAUAUGAUGCCUUACUGGGGGCAGGAGCAGACUGGGAGGAGCUUAUGAACAGGGCAGCUUUUCAUGGUGGUGACAGCGAUAGCACAGCUGUGAUUGCCUGCUGCUGUUGGGGCAUCCUAUAUGGCACAGAGGGGGUCCCUGAAGGAAAUUAUGCCAAUCUGGAGUACAGGGGCCGGCUGGAGAAAUGUGGGGAGCAGCUGUAUGCCUUGACACACUGACAGUCACACUAAGGAUUACACCAAACCACAAAAACUAAGCCAAAUGACAUAAGCAACCCCACAUCCCACUGACCCAGAUGAUGCUUGUGUCACUAGAGGUCCCUCUAGUGACCACUUACAAUACUACACAGGUAGUACUCCAAGAUAAUGAGAAUGUGUGGGAAAUUUCUGGAGGUUAAUUAUCUUGUUUUGCCAGACUAUAUAAUUAUAGCAAAUGUGGACAAAUGAGUGUUAACUAGUACCACAGACAAUUAACAAGUAAAAUAAACAAAUGUGUAGUUGAGU